CUCUCUUUCCUCCACAUAGCAGUCGUGCCAUUACGACCAGAGCAUUGCCUGUGCUCUAUAUAUUAUUAUAUUCCCAUGUAGUCUUUAGUUCAGUUUAGUUAGUGUCUCUCCUUCAACUUAGCACGAGCAGAAGAGGCAGUAGGCCGAACAGAAAGAGUUAAAGUGAGUGAGACCACGGGAAUUGCUAUUGGAUUGUGCGCAGAGCGAGUGCAGAAAUUCGCAAGUCUUGUACCACACCAACCAACCAACCAGCCAGCCAACAUUGGAUGGAGGAGAUUGGAUAUUUAGGAUCUGCUGGAUUCAACAUUUGCACAAAGUGAGACGGGCAGACAGGACAGACCGUGAGCUCAGCCAACAACCUCUUCUUUCUCCAUCCAGCUUCUUCGCAAACCAGCACAUUACACCAUAUUCUUGGUCUUUUUUUCACCAAUCUCUCCCAAUCUCUCUCCCACCACCACUGGGAGAAAACACCUCUCGUCCGCCCCACAGGAUUUUAUUUCGAAACAUUCCCCCCAAGGAGAAAGCAGUCGUCCGUUGUUCGAGGACCGUCACCACCAGUGAAAGCAGAGGGGAAAAGCGAGGAGGAAAUUGGAGUGAUUGGAGAGAGGAGAAUAAUGCAUCUAAUCUCAAUGUAAGUCAGUCCAUGCAGAGAGUCAAAUCAACACACACACCCAAUUCGCAAAUUCGCUUUUCCUUCAUCUUACACCACUAAAACCAAAAACACUCAAAUUGUGAAAACACAUCAGCCUUCCUACACACACACCAAGUGGGAGGUGGGAGCGAGCAGCUAAUAAAUAGGAUAAAACACAAGCCGUGCAUUUGUGUGUGUGUAUCUGUGUGUGUCUGUGUAAUGGGGAUUAUUUGAAAUCUCGUGGACCAAGCCAGCUGGUCCUGGUGUGUGUGACAAUCAUUUUUCAGAAUUGAUUUUUCAAGAAGGGGCUCUUUCACAACAGGAAAAUUGUGAACACGAUGUGGUGCUAACAUUGAAAUUAUUUUGUUGGCAAUCUUAUUAAACCUGACUGAAAAUGGUGCAAUACUACAACUAAAAUUAAUCACAAUUCCUGCUGGACUCGGAUAUAUUUAUUAGCGUAAGAGAAAGUCAAUACCGUUUUAGUGGCGAGUCUGUUCAUUUCUCCUUCACACAAUCAAUGUUUGUCGAUCUGAGCUUAAAAUAGUAGAAUAAGAAAGAAAGAGAGACGGGACGAAAGAGAAGGUCAAGUUGAAAGUGCAGAAAAUACUAAUAAAUAAAGUGCUAUCGAUAGUUAAGCAAUUUGCGGACAGACUCCAACUUGUGGAAGGAUCGGAGGAGGAGUUUUUGUGAUACUGUGGUUGGAGUUGGUUGAGCCGAGCCCCUUAUGACAUGGGGUGCUUCGGUGGCAGUGGCUCGAAAAACGACCAAGAGGAAGAUAAGCGGAGGAAGGAGGCGAAUAAAAAAAUUAAUGCACAGAUCCAGAGGGACAAACAGAUCUACAGGGCCACACAUCGGCUUCUCCUACUGGGUGCCGGUGAGUCUGGGAAGAGUACCAUCGUAAAACAAAUGAGAAUAUUACACGUUGACGGAUUUAGUGAAGACGAAAAGAGACUUAAAAUAGAAGAUAUCAAAAAAAAUGUUAGAGAUGCAAUAUUGACAAUUACUGGAGCGAUGAGCACACUGACCCCACCCGUUCAACUGGAACAUCCCGAAAACCAAUUUAGAGUGGAUUAUAUCCAAGACGUUGCCUCCCAACCUGACUUCGACUAUCCACACGAGUUUUACGAAAACACGGAAGAGCUGUGGAAAGACCGUGGAGUCCAAACAUGUUUCGAGAGAUCCAAUGAAUAUCAACUAAUAGACUGUGCAAAAUAUUUUUUAGAUAAGGUUAGCGAUAUAAAGCUAACAAAUUAUACGCCUACUGAGCAAGAUAUAUUACGGUGUCGUGUUCUAACGUCGGGUAUUUUCGAAACUCGGUUCCAAGUAGACAAAGUAAAUUUUCAUUUAUUCGACGUAGGAGGACAGAGGUCGGAACGGAAUAAGUGGAUUCAAUGUUUUAAUGACGUGACUGCCAUAAUCUUCGUGACUGCUUGUAGUAGUUUCAACAUGGUGCUUAGAGAAGACGCUUCCCAAAACCGGCUCAAAGAGUCCCUCGAGUUAUUCAAAAGCAUUUGGAACAACAGAUGGCUACGGACAAUCUCAGUGAUUCUGUUUUUAAACAAACAAGACCUGUUGGCGGAGAAAAUAAAGGCUGGCAGGUCCAAGCUGGAAGACUAUUUCCCCGACUUUACGAGAUACCAGACGCCAAGUGACGCGGCAUCGGAACCCGGCGAUGACCCCGAAUUCGUCCGCGCCAAGUAUUUCAUUCGCGAUGAGUUUCUCCGGAUCAGCACAGCAAGUGGGGAUAAUAAGCAUUACUGCUACCCUCACUUCACAUGUGCAGUUGACACGGAGAAUAUCCGUCGAGUGUUUAACGACUGCCGAGAUAUCAUUCAGAGGAUGCACCUCCGUCAAUACGAGUUGCUAUGAAACAAGAAUCAAAAUUAUCUCAUUUAUUGGAAGUAUCGGAGCAACCUCAUGGCUUGUCUUCAUCCACGACCCCCAUCACCACCACCACGGUUACUUAUUCCACCGACUGGACUACUCCAUCGAAGCGCAUAAUCACGACCACCGUUUACUUGAUUGACUACAUGAAUAAUAAUAUGUGUAUGCUUUAGUUGGACAACUCGGACCUUAUCUUUUUACACACUCGUAGUUCACAACCAAUCAUUAUUACUCAAUUUUCGCGAUUCAUUCUAUAAACAACCGAUUACAAUAGGGCUCAUAUUUUCAGUCCAAUUGAAUCGUUGCAUCAUUUGUUUUACUAGACCAUCAAUGCCUCCAUUUUGAGUUGCUUAUAAGAAAAAAAAACAAUUGUUACGAGCCAGCAACGAACUGAGGAUUACUUUAUGCUUUGAAUUUGAAUGAAUUUCACAAGUGUUCUCAUCUACAAUUUCUUUUCAUCAAUCAUAUCAUUUGUAAUUUCAUGGAACCUUAUUAUUAUUAUUAUUAUAUUAUGUCAAUCAAGUACCUUAACACACCAACAACCCAGCAAGCAGUGAAAAAAACAAUCUUUUAGAAUAACUAAUAAAGUUGACCUAAGGCAGCCAUUUCCAGAAAAAAAAGUCUCUAGUCUUCCCGACACGUUUACAUCAAAUUAAUUACAUUACAAUGUCAUUAAGUAUAAUCUUAAAGUAAAAUUAAUACAUAAAUAUAAUAAUUAAUUGUAAUUUAAUGGAGAAAAAAGCCGAGCUGUGUACUGUGAGGUUUAUUAUUUCAAACAGGUGCAAUUUAAAAAUUUUACUCCUUGUUUCAUUAUUCGUCUUUUUAGAAUAUAGUGGACAAGGUUAAACGCUUUCAAUUCAAAUGACGCUAUAUUGUUACAUUAUUAUUAUUGUUACAUAUUAUAUAAUAGAAGACAGUACAGUGCAGUUUGUUUAGAGACAGAUGAGUACAUUGCCAUUAAUAAUUAAUUUUCAUAAUAAUGCGCCGUCAUAAUGUCGUUUGCCACGAUUAUCGAGUAUAAUAAUAGGUUCAUUCAGUCCCAUCAGCUCUGAUAGCCUUAUUUUUAACGUUUUAUAAACACCUUUUUUUGGUAUAAAGUUUAUAUGAAUUUCAAAAGUCCCCACCAUAUGAACUUGCUCUUGUUUGUCAAUUGUCAAUAUUUUAUGUACAGUUUUGUUUUAUUUUACUAGAAAUAUUUUUUAAGUAUCAAAUUACAGUCAGUCAAUUUUUCAUUCAUUCCUCAGGACAGAAUCUCGAUCCAAGUCCACAAUGUUGAGUUCUUAUUUAGUUAUAUAUAAAGCUUUAAAGUUAUUAUUACUUUACGCAAUUGUUAAGUAUAUUUCUUUGACGUCGUAGUUGUGAAAUUAUAUAAAUUUGUGAGAGAACAAAUUCCUAUGAAUUGAUGUUUUUUUUGUGGGUGCAAUCAACGGCAAUCAAGACUUGACUUAUUUUAUCCAGACAAGCUGUCGCCCAUCCAUCCAUUUUAAGAGUUUUUACCGUAAAAGAUUUACAAAUCCAAAGUUACAAAUUUCAAUCUGUAUCUGCGUACACCUUUGGGUAAAACACUGUAAAUUAAAAAAAGUUCUUUUCAUAAAUCACCCUCCAAAGCUGAAAAUCAUUGUUUAAAAUUUUGAACUUUGCGAAGUUUAAAUGCCAAGGUUGAUUAUUUUGACUUUUCGUUUUUGAAUAAAAAAUAAAAGAGUCUUAUCAUGUAAAAUUUGAUUUGGUAAUAAAUUGCCAGAUAAGCUACUUAAUAACAGACCUAUGAUACAAGCAUCGAUAACAGAAAGUCUUCUUCAUUAGUGAGGGUAUAACGAAAUGUGCAUCAGAACUAAUUUACCAUGAACAAACUAAACCAAUGAAUGUGUUUUAUACUGAUUAAUUAAUUAAAACCGCUACAUACGAGAUAAGUUACGCUCUAGUGAUAAGUGUUCAGAGUGGAAAUAAGUAACUUGGUUUAAUAGCCAGUAUAAAGAAACAAGCCAACUAUGCUAAAUAAAAAUAGCCAAGUGUGCGUAUGGAUGGAUGCAUGUACUUUUUGAAGCAGGACAAGUGAUUUGUUAUUAAUUUCUUGAUUUACUUGUGUUUGCAAAUUUUGUUGAGAAACUAAAUUAUUUUGUUAACUCUGUUAUUGUUCCUCACUAUUUUCACACUAUUAAUUAAAUUUUAAUUAUUUGUAUAUCAAUGUAUUCAUUGUCAAGUAAAAUCAAAACAUGCCAUUGCUUAAAGAAUUGCUUAUUUACAACUUAUUGGUGCUAAAUAUGAGGUUAUCUUAAAUGCUAUGAAUCAGAAAUAUAAUGGCACUUUAUGCAGCAUUUCUACUAAAAGCGAACAUGAGAAUCACGCAAUUAUUGAGUACACUAUACAUAUAAAUAUAUAUAUAUAUAAAUAUAUAUAUUGAAUACAUAUAGUAUAAUUUUGUAAUUACAGACUAGAGCAAUUAUACACACAGACACCCUUGUUGUGUUCUUUUUAUAUAAAGGUACGUUGUCUUCUGAUGCGGUCAUGAUAUACAUAUAUAGUGCUAUAUAAGUAAUGUAAUAAAGCUAUAAUAUAACAAAAUACGCCAUUCUCCUCGACUACUCUAAUACAUUUGAGAGCAUAAGGUUAAAAAAGGUGAAUUAAUAUGGAUUUUACGAACAAUUUUUUACAAAACCAUGCCCACGAAACAGAAUGUAUGAAUGUCGAAAACCAUGAUGACCUACCUUCAUUAGGGUCACGCCAGCACAUUUAAUUUAUACAUAUAAAUUUACUUUAAGCCAAUUCCCUCCGUAAUUCCCGCAUAUGAUGUAAGCCAUGAUAUAUUAUGAAGCUGCAUUUGCAUCUCCGUAGCUUUAAUGAUGAACUUAAGCUGAAUUAAUUAUCUACCUUAAUGAUGUCUACAUGAAACGAAUAAAUGUAUAAUUAUAAAAAAUAUGUAUGUCAUGUACCGUCACACUACAUAAAAUAUAACGGAAGAAAGGUGGAAUAAAUUACACUUAAAGAAAAUA